CUCUCUCUUUCUCUCUCUCAUUGAUCAUAGCCCAUAGGUCAUAGCCCACCCCUGUAUCUGGUACAUGUCUCCUAGCUAGCCAUGAGCCGCUGACAUCCCUCUUUCUCUAGAACUCCAAACUCCCUUUUGUGCAUCCCUCCUAGCUAGCUAGGAUCCCCUGCACCUCUCUCGCUCUCUCUCUCUCUUUAAACUCCAAACUCACUUUAGUCGAACGUUAUCACUCAAGAAGAGCCAAAAACCAAUGCUGAACAGGGAAGACAAGACGAGGAUGCUCCCCAAGAGCUCGAGCCAGAAGACGCUUCGGGCCGCCAUGCAGGAGGAGCGGGAGCAAGCGACCACCAGGGUAACCGGUCGCCUCAUCUCAACGGACGCCUCCCUCUCCAACCCCUCCUUCCGCGUCUACUACGGCGUCGCCUCCGCCGGCUCCGUGCCCUUCAUGUGGGAGUCGGCGCCGGGCACCCCCAAGAAUGCCAUCUCCGACACCACCCUCCCGCCGCUCACGCCGCCACCGUCCUACUACAAUAACAAGGCCGCCAAGACCAAGUUCACCAAGUCCCAGUCCUCCAAGAAGCUUAUCUCGUCAUCGAAGCCGGCCACCUUCGUCCACAGCAUCCUCCCCAAGCUAUGGAGGAGCCACACCAUGCCCUCCCGUUCGUCGUCGGUGGCGCCGCCGUCCAAGGAGGGGGUGCAGUGCAACCGGAGGAACAGGCUGCCGGUGAGCCCGCGGUCGUCGUUCUCGUCGACAUCGAGGGGAGAUGACGAGGAAGACGGUGCAGCAUCGUCGCCCACGUCGACGCUGUGCUUCCGGUCCCGGCACUCUGGCGGGGGCACCGGGAGGCUGCAUGGGCUUCUGGCGUCCGUGAUCGGAGGACAAGGUACCGCCGCAUCUUAAUCAGGGUUUGCAUUUUGUCCUUGGGUAGUGUACUACUGUGUCGUCGUCUACGUUUACCUUGAGGACAGUGCAAGAGAUGUGAGCUCUGUACGGUUACACAUGAUAUGGAUAUGCAAUGUGGAAGUGUGUCUAGUGUUUGUAGUAGGAUGUAUUCAAAACAGGUGGUGAUUUGUUUAUGCAGAAUCCAAAAUAAUGUAUUUGAUACAGAUUAAUGCGUGUCAUCGACAUGUUAGCAUAUAGCUGGUUUGUCUAUGAUUUCGCUAU